AUGGCGGACGAAACCCCCAAGCAGAGACGCGAGCCCACGGCCUCCGAGGCAAUGUUCUUCUUCGCCAUCGUCAAGCACACCAAGAACAAGGCGGACAUUGACUGGAAAGCUGUUGCCGAAGAGCAGGGCUUCAAGAACGCCGAGGUCGCCAAGGUUCGCUUCGGCCAAGUCAGGCGCAAGCUCGGCAUCGAAUCAAACGCCACCCCCAAGAAAGGAGGAGGAGGCAACACCUCGUCUGCCGCCUCGACGCCAAGCAAGGUCCGCAAGACGCCG